AUGCUACUCUAUCAUAUUGCAUGGAUGUAUGUCAUGAAUUUGUGGGUAGGAGAGAAUAUCAGAAUGAGGGCGGAUCCAUACAUCAUCAAUAGAAAAGUCCGGUCAGUGGCCAUGAAAAGCCGUGCUUGCCAGGAUGCAAGCAUCUAUGCGCAUGCAUUAAUGCAUACAUGUACUUCUUUGGAUGGCUAUUUAGUACAAAAUCAGGUGGGGAUGGCAAAAAGGUGGGCAGAAUUCAGCGCAAUUGCUGGGCUUAGUGUCAUUUAUAAGGGCAACUCAGAGAAAGUACAAUCUUUAAUGGACAGAGCUGGUAGCGAUUUGGUUGGGCCUCCUUAUGUCCAAGGUGGUGCCCUAUAUGCUCUCGGGUUUCUUAACGCGAAUGAUGAUGGAAAAACCAAAGGAUUCAUAAUGGAUAUCCUUAAAGAAUCAGAGAUCGAGGUUGUCUGGGAUGGAGCUUGUCUUGGUUUAGACUUGGUAGCUCUAGGAAGUGCUGAUGAUGAUACAUAUGAUGAGAUAUUGGGUGUUGCCUCCUGUGUAAUUGUAGGCGGUGAUGGUACCGGUGUUGUUGAUUCAGGGCUGGUUGCCGACAUCAGUCUUGGAUUGGUAAAUGCUGGAAUUUUAAGUGAGAGGACAUACGAGAUGGUUGCGCAUGCACGUGAAACACAAUAUGAAAAGCAGAUAAGGGGUUUGGCACUGGGUGCUUCCCUUACAGUGUAUGGAAGAGAAGAAGAAGUCGGGGAAUUAGUUGAUAUAAUGAUCCGUGAUGGAGAUCCGAUAAUAAGAUGCAGGGGCAUCUAUGCAUUGGCAUUAGCAUACAGUGGGACAACAAAUAAAAAGGCAAUCCAACAACUUCUGCAUUUUGCUAUUUCAGACGCGAGUGAUGAUGUUAGAAGGACUGCAGUGUUAGCCCUCGGGUUUGUCCUCUGCUCUGAACCGGAACAGACCACACACCUGAUCUCGCCUUUUUCACAAUCGUAUGAUCCCCACUUUCGAUACGGGGCGGUUAUGACCUUAGGGAUUUCAUGUUCUGGUACCUGCUCACACGAUGCCAUAUCGGUGCUCCAAACCCUUCUAUUUUGUUCGAAAAGCCGCAUUCAUAGGAAUGUCCAUGGUGAUGAUCCAAGCCACACAAGAGAUGGACUCCCGCGUAGGGGAAUUCAGGUAAUGUUCUGCAACAAGGUCGAUAUUUAA